CCCGCGCGAAGGACCACCAAGCGGCGCCAAAAUGGAAGAAAAAUAAAAAAAACAAAAGCCUUUUGUAUUAAAAUCCCCACACGUAUUUCUCGGCGCCAAAUCCCAAACCCCAAGUCCAUCAAAACCCCUUGCCUCUCUCUUCUUCCGAUCGCCACUCGAGGGUUUCGACCGAUCUGCACGAUAAUGGAUACAUCUAGCCCCGCAGUUUUUGUGAAUGCAGAGCUUCUGAAGAUGUAUCAGGGUCGGAGAGUUCGAGCAGUGGUUCAAGUCAUGCGAAAUGAAGGUGGGGUCAUCAUAGGGAAAUCAACUGAUGGGCAUCAGCUAACUGUGAAGGUUUCUCAGGCCUUUCCUUUGUCACAUUUUGUGGAGGUUAUAGGUAUUGCUGACGGCAAUCAAUCAAUUCGUGCUGAAAUUUGCACUGACUUCGGUGAUACAUUUGAUACCUUAGCAUACAAUGGGCUAUGCCAGCUUGCAAACGGCAAAUUCAAGAACCUGUUCCUCUGAUGAAUUGGGGCUGGACCUGAUCCAAGAAGAUAAAGAUAUAGUCAUUGUGUCUUCUAAUGAUGUAUGUUUCCUUUUAGGAAGGGAUGGUGUCAAGAGCCUGAUUUUGCGGCCAAGAACCUCAUCAACUUGGUUUCAAGCAUUUAAGGCCUCCACCCAUCCUACUCUUUGCAAAGGUUGUGCACUGGGGCCAGCUUGUGCAUACUGUGGCAAUUUAUCGGUCUUAUAUAAGUUCAAUUGAGCUUUUCCUAGGUCCCUCACUGCAUUAUUCCAUUUGUUGACACUAAAAUGGUUAUGGAGAUGCUGGAUCAUUGGUAUGUGCUGAAAGAAAGUUUUGAUGACUUGCUCAA